UGUAUUUGUUUCUAUUCUAAUUUUUAUAGAAGCUAUGAAACAUUGUAAACAUAAAUGCUCCAUUACUUUCAGAUUAUGUCUAUGGUCAGUUCACGAACAAAAAGGAUUUUGGCGGCUCUUAGCCAAAAUGAUAAUCGAAUAAUGCUUAUUUUGAGGAAGAAAUCGGGUCUAUGCCGAUAUCCAUUAUUUCAAGUGACAAUAUUUUUGAUCUAGAUAGUUCCGAAAAUAUUUUAAAAACUACUUUAAUGAGUUAGCAGAAACUGAUGCAAUGAAGAUGAAAGCUGAAAAACUUAAAAAAAUAUAUAUUUUUUACUAGUAAGAAUUUCAUAUUUUC